AUGUACUUCUUUUUAAUUGUACAUAAUUUUAAACGUAAUAUCUUAUUUAGUGUUGGACAGGCUGGUGAGGGACCAGAAGUAAAAAUUAACACUGGUGAUGAAGCUGUUGACAUUGAACAGAAUACUGCACAAACAGAAGGUCUAAAAGAUGCUGAUAUAAUGGCAGCUCUAAACAGUAAAUUAGGUUCCUUACUGUGUAAUAAUGCUUUCAAUCUGCCAAAGCCAGUCAAAAGGAAUGUGAAAGCCUUAAAAAAACUUCAGCUGGCUCAUGUGAAUUUGGAAGUAGAAUUUUUUAAAGAACUCCAUGAACUUGAAAUAAAAUAUGAAAAGAAAUUUGAAUCAUUAUAUGAAAAGCGAGCUGCUAUAGUAGCUGGUGAUGUAAUCCCAACUGAUGAAGAAUGUGAUUUCCAGUCAGACUCUGAAAAGGAAGCUGAGCUAUCAAAUGAAAUUCAGAAAGUCAAAGUUGAAGAUGAUACUGAAGCAAAAAUGGAUGUGCCUGAGGCUGAUAUUAAAGGCAUUCCAGAAUUUUGGUUGACAGCUCUUAAGAAUGCUCCUACUGUUGCAGAUUUGAUUGAGGAGUAUGAUGAACCUAUUUUAAAGCAUUUGAUAGAUAUAAAAGCAGUAACUUUGUCUGAUCCUAUGAGUUUUUACCUGGAAUUUCACUUUGAACCAAAUGACUAUUUCACUGACACAGUUUUAACUAAAUAUUAUGAAUUAAAAUGUGUUCCGGAUCCAACCGAUGUCUUUUCCUUUGAAGGGCCUGAAAUUGUUAGAUGCAAAGGUUGUACAAUUGAUUGGAAAAAAUCCAAAAAUGUGACUAUCAAGACAAUAAAGAAGAAGCAAAAGCACAAGGCCAGGGGUGCUGUUAGAACUGUCACAAAAACAGUUCAAAAUGAUUCUUUCUUCAACUUCUUUAAUCCUCCUGCAGUUCCAGAAGAUGAAGAUCAAAUGGAUGAUGAAACUCAGAAUAUCUUGAAUAAUGAUUUUGAAGUUGGUAACUUGAUAAAAGAUCGAAUCAUUCCUCAUGCAGUACUCUUUUUCACUGGUGAAAAUUUAGUGGAUGAUGAAUUUGAUGAAGAAGAGGAUGAAGAGGAAGAUGAAGAUUAUGAUGAAGAUGAGGAUGAAGAAGAGGAGGAGGAAGAUGAUGAUGAAAACGAUAAUCAGUGCCUGAAUCGAAAGAAGUCUCGAGGGCAGACACAGCAAAAUCAAUCUCAGCCUCCUCCUGAAUGUAAGCAGCAGUAAUAAAUUCUGAUUUUUAAGCCAUAUUUAACCCGUUCCAUAUUGAAGUAAAUAAAAAAACAGUUGCACUGUGUUAAUAAAGUUGCUUUUUUAAUAUGUC